AUGUCAGGUUCUGAUUCAGAUAACAAAAGGCCUACAAGAAAUUUAAAGUCAGUCAUAGGAUCUACCUUUUUUGCAAUUUAUAAUUUCCUUCCUGUAUUGAUGGUUUAUAUUUAUUACAAAGCCAUCACAGGAAAUUUAAUUUGCAUAGCACUUUCAAUUAUAUAAAUAUAUGCUUAAGCAACUGCCAAAAAAUCUACUUUGUAUAGAAAGUUUUUAACAUACUUCUCAGCUGAAUACUUUUUUGAUGAAUACACUCUUAAGAAAGAAGAAGAACUUGCACCUGAAAAAACUUUACUUGCUGUUCAUCCUCACAACGUUUACACUGUUGGUUUGAGCAUACAUGACUAUGCAGGCAGACUUGGUAAUUAACUUAUUUGUGGAAGUAGAAUGCUCCUCUACACUCCCUUACUUGGUUUGGUUCAUAAGUGGGGUGGAGUUACUACAGUUGAUGCUGCUAACUUGAAGUCAUUAAUGUCCAAAAACAAAAAUAUUAGUAUUCUUCCUGGUGGCUUUGAAGAAGCAACUCUUACCACUCCUAAAGAAAAUAGAGUCUUUAUUAAAAAUAGAAAGGGAUUUAUUAAGUAUGCUUUGAGAUAUGGCUAUAAUGUACAUCCUGUAUACAUAUUCAAUGAAAAUAAAAUUUUCUACACCCUUGAAAAAUUCGAAUAAUUCAGAUUACUCCUCAACAAGCUUAAGUUAGUAGGUGUUAUUUUCUGGUCAAGAUUUGGAUGCAUUCCUGAACCUUGCUCUAAAGUUAAUACUGUUGUAGGAAAAGCAAUCAAGAUGCCUAAAAUAGAAAAUCCUACAGAUGAUGAAGUAGAUAAAUACCAUGAAAUCUAUGUCAAUGCCCUAAAGGAUUUGUUUGAUAGAAAUAAAGCUUUAUAUGGUUAAAAAGAUGAAGUCCUUAAAAUUUACUGA